AAUUCAUGGCUGUAAAGCUUUAUCAAAUGACAAAUAGAUUGCGAUAUUUUAGAAUUAAAAUUACUAAUACCUAUGACUUAAUAAAACCUUGCUUAUUUUUAUAUAAAACUUGUGGUAUAUUUCCGUACGUGAAAAAUAAUAACAAUAUUGUAUUAUGUAAUAUAGGAUUUUGUUUCUCUUUAUUCAUUGCUAUAAUUUGCACAAUUUAUUUAUUAAUUGCUAUGUAUCAAUCUAUUAUUUCCAAAGAAAUAGAAUUUGAUACAGUCGAAGGGCUUUUACAAUACAAUUGCUAUUUUGUAUUAGGGACAUUUAUUACAGUAAACACUUGCGUUUCAUACAAAAAAAGAUUUUUUAUUUUACGACAGAUUAUUGAAGUUUCAGUUAUACUAUCUGCAAAAGAAUUACAAUACAUAGCAUGUGUUAUUUACACCAUAAUUAUAAUAGGAUAUAUCUUUCUGUUAGCUCAAUUUCCUCACACAUAUUCAGAGGAUUUAGUGUUGUUCAUAUCUAAAAUGUACACGAUGUACAUAACAAUAGUUGUAUUUUUAAUGGAUAUGCAAUAUAUGAGUUACGUUAUGAUAUUGAAAAUUUGUUUUCAAAAUAUAAAUAAAAAUAUAUUAAAGUUAAAAAUGAUAAAAAAUCAAAAAUCUAUUCAUAAAGCUAAAAGUAUAAAUUUCUCCCGUAGCGAAAUCAACCUACAAUUAGUUAAAUUGCAAAAAUUACAACAAAGACAUCAUAAUGUUAGUGUCAUAGUUCAACAAUUAAAUAAAGUGUUUACAUUCCAUGUCAUAGCUACAGUUCUUAUGACUUUUAUUGAAGUGACAUUUGGUUUAUACUUUUUCAUAUUGCAUAGUCAAGGUAGAAAAGGAAUUGAUUUGGAAAAGCAGAUAUGGUAUAAUUAUUUUAUAACCUCUGUGACUUACUAUUCGUUGAAAAUUGUGAUAAUAGUAUGGGUAUGCCAAAAAGCUAAAAACGAAGCUUCGAAAACUGGUAUCAUAGUGCAUGAAGUUAUUUUAAACGUCGAUAAUGAUGAAUUUGUUACAGAGCUUAAUUUAUUUUCACUGCAACUACUUCAAUGUAAAAAUGAAUUUACAUCAAAAUGUAUUACCGUGGAUGCAAAACUUCUUACAGCAAUUGUCAGUGGGAUAGCUACUUAUUUGCUCAUUCUAAUACAAUUUCUUAAAAGCAAGAAAAAUUUAUCAGCAGGAAAUAACAUCCAAUAAAUACUUUUCGUAUUUGAUACAUAGUGAUCGUGCUUUU